AUGGUCAUUAAUUUUGUACUUUGUACCAUAUAUCUUUCUUUCACUCAACCCCAUAGCUUUCAUGUUACAAUGACAUCAUCAUUUUCAUCUGGGUCUUCGUCUUCGUCUUCAUCUUCAAAACCAUGGAUUUAUGAUGUAUUUUUGAGUUUUAGAGGCGAAGACACAAGCAAAAAUUUCACCGAUCAUCUCUACUUUGCUUUAAAAGAUGCUGGAAUCAACACAUUUAGAGACGACAAUGAGCUUCGAAGUGGUGAAGCGAUCCAAAAGUCUAGAAUUUCAGUCAUUCUUUUCUCAAGAAAUUAUGCAAAUUCUAGAUGGUGUCUUGAGGGAUUAGUGAAGAUCAUGGAGUGUUGGAGAAGUUGUAGGCAACUUGUUUUUCCUAUAUUCUAUGAUGUUGAUCCAUCUGAUGUAAGGAAACAAACUGGAAGUUUUGCAGAGGCCUUUGCUGGACAUGAAGAAAGGUUUGUGCUCCAGACAGACAAGGGCAAGGUGGCGACAUGGAGGAUGGCUUUGACUGAAGCUGCAAAUUUGUCUGGAUGGGAUUUGAGGAAUGUUGCGGAUGGGCAUGAAGCAAAAUUUAUAAAGAAAAUUGUUGGGGAGAUUUCCAGGGAACUGAGCAGCACAUACUUGUUCAUAGCCUUCUAUCCAGUCGGGAUAAACUCUCGUGUGCAACAAUUGAACUUUUUAUUAAAUGCUGGAUCAAACGAGGUCUGCAUUGUAGGAAUAUGUGGAAUGGGAGGCAUAGGGAAAACAACCAUUGCCAAGGCCAUGUAUUAUGAGUUGUUUCAUAGUUUUGAUGGGAAAUGUUUUCUUGCCAAUGUUCGAGAAAUUUCACAGCAGCAAAAUGGUCAUGUCAAACUGCAAGAACAACUUCUUUUUGAUAUCCUGAAGACAGACAAGAUUAAGAUUGGCAAUGUUGACAGAGGAAUGAAUAUGAUAAAGGAAAGACUUCACAGUAGAAAAGUCCUUCUCAUACUGGAUGAUGUAGAUAAAUUAGAUCAGUUACAAGCGAUAGCGGGGAGUCGAGAUUGGUUUGGUUCAGGAAGCAAAAUCAUUGUAACAACAAGAGAUAAGCAUGUUCUAACAGUUCUUGGAGCUGAUCGAGUAUACAUGGCUAGAGAAAUGAAUGACAUCGAAGCUUUGGAGCUCUUUAGUUGGCAUGCCUUCCGAACAAGCCAUCCCGUCGAAGAUUAUAAGGUGUUGUCAGAACAAAUUGUUGACUACUGUGGAAGAUUGCCACUAGCACUUGAAGUAAUAGGCUCUUUUCUAUUUGGUAGAAGUAUAGUUGAAUGGAAAAGUGCAUUGGAAAAACUGAGAAGAAUUCCUGAUGAUCAAAUUCAGAAAAAGCUCCAAAUAAGUUUUGAUGGCCUGAAUGAUGACACACAGAAAGAUUUAUUCCUCGAUAUAUCAUGUUUCUUUGUUGGGAUGGACAAGGAAUAUGUGUUACCAAUAUUAAAUGGUUGUGAUUUUUUUGCAGACAUCGGACUUGGUGUCCUCACUCAGAGGUGCCUUGUAUCUGUUAAUGAAAAGAACAAGCUAAUAAUGCAUGAUUUGCUUCGAGAUAUGGGGAGAGAAAUUGUUCGUGCGCAAUCACCGAACAAUCCGGGAAGGCGGAGUAGAUUAUGGAUUCGUGAAGAAGUUGCUGACGUUUUGAGAAGAAACAUGGGAACUGAAGCAACCCAAGGGAUGGCCAUAAACUUGCUGAAAGGGAAUGACAUGAAAGUGGAUUUAAAUGUGUUUUGCAAUCUGCAAAACCUAAGGCUGCUCCAGCUCAAUCAUGUAAAGCUUGCUGGAGGCUGUGAAUAUCUUUUGAGAAAAUUAACCUGGCUCUGCUGGCAUGGAUUUCCACUCUCGUUCAUACCUGAUGGCCUCUAUGGGGAAAACCUUGUUGCUAUAGAUAUGCGACACAGCAACCUAAGACAGGUUAAGAAUUCUAAGUUCCUUUUGAAGUUGAAGUUUCUUAAUCUCAGUCAUUCUCAUUACCUAUCUCGGACUCCCGACUUUUCCAGACUUCCACAUCUGGAGAGGUUAAAACUCAAAGACUGCAGAAGUUUGGUUGAAGUUCAUCAUUCUAUUGGAUACCUUGAUAGACUUGUUUUGGUAAAUUUAAAAGAUUGCAAGCAACUUAGGAGGCUCCCGAGUAGCUUCUGGAAGUCGAAGUCUAUCGAGAUUCUUUACCUCUCAGGCUGCUCAAAAUUUGAUGAAUUGCCCGAGGACUUGGGAGAUUUGGAAUCCUUGACAAUUCUCAAUGCAGAAGACACUGCCAUAAGACAAGUACCAAGUACCAUAGUCAGAUUGAAGAACCUCAAAGAUUUAUCACUUUGUGGCUGUAAAGGUUCAACUUCUGCAACAUUUCCUUCACGUUUGAGGUCAUGGUUUCUUCCAAGAAAAAUUCUCAAUCCAACCAACCUGUUGCCACCCUUUCAUGUCACAUCAUUGUCGCUCAGGGAUUGCAAUUUAUCUGAUGAUGCGCUUCCUAGAGAUCUUGGGAGCUUACCCACACUAACCAAUCUGGAAUUGGACCGUAACAGUUUUCAAAGUCUACAAAGAUCUUUAAUUUUAAUUUAUCUUUAAAAUUAACACGUCCUG